AUUCAUUUCAUUCGUUCUAUUAUUUAAUACAUAGUCCCUGCUUGUAGCCGCCAUUAUUUAUUAGACGUCAGUUGAUAUUGAUCCGAGUUACUCGUUCGUAUAUUGUGUUAAACUUUGCGAAAUAAAAAUGUUAAACGUACAAAUAAGUACUGCCUCAGGAAUAAAACAAAUCCUCACCAUUGAUGCACCACUUAAAAUUUAUGAAUUACGCAACCAAAUCGAAGAAUUAACGAAUUUUUCACAAGAAAACUUUUAUAUUAUACACAACGGAAAACUUGCCAGUGAAAAUGAUACCUGCUACGCCGGUUACGUUUCCGUGGUUCCACGAUUGCUGGGCGGAAAAGGAGGUUUUGGUUCCAUGUUACGGGCAAUUGGCGCACAAAUUGAGAAAACUACGAAUCGUGAAGCUUGCAGGGACUUGAGCGGACGUAGAUUGCGCGAUAUUAACGAAGAGAAAAGAUUGAAAGUCUGGAUUGAGAAGCAAGGAAAGCGGGAAGAGGAAGCAGCGGAACGCAAAAAGAAGAAAUUAGAAAGGCUUUGCGUGGAACCUAAACACGAAUUCAGAGAUCCAACUUACGAUCUCGAGAGAUCAGUUUUAACAGAGAGGGUUGGAGAUGCGGUUGAGGAGGGGCUAAAACUUGCCGGUUCAUCUGGUUUAAAAAGAAAACACGACGAAGUACUUAAACCAAAUAAAAAGAAGACAAUAUUGGACUUUGAUAUCGACUCUGACGAAUUGGACAGUUCGGACGAUAGCGAAGUAGACGAAAUGAAGUGUAAGAAAAUGGACAUAGACGAAUUGAAGUGUAAGAAAAUGGACAUAGACGAACAAGUUUCAAACGACAGUGGACAUUCAAGCAAUUGAAGCAGAAUGGCUUAUCAAAAAUACAAACAGAAUGAAAAGUGAAUAUUCAGAAGCAAAUUCUGAUAGUCAAAUUAGAGAUCAAAAUUUAAUUAAUGCAGAAGAAUUGAAGAAAGACUGUUGCAAUAGAUGGUAAAGAGGUUUCAGUGUCGAAUCCAUUACAACCUACUGAUACGUAAAAUAUUAAUUGUACAAUACAUAUAUGUCUGAUUUUUGUAUAUUUUAAAGGUCGUAUUGUACAAACACUUAUUAAAUAAAAUGGUUUUAGUCACUAUACCAUCUUAAAUUUAAUAAAGAAUUUUUGAUUGAAAAUGAA